GGGAGGGAACGCCAGAGCGAGGCGGAGAGGCGAACUGGUCGCGUGAGGUGCAGAAGCUGCGCUUCAGGUGUGACUGGUAGCGGCGGCCGCGCUGAUAGCGAAGGGGCGAGUGCGGUCACCAUGGACCUCCCGGAUGAGGGGCCUCCGGCCAAGACCCGCCGCCUGAGCAGCUCUGAGUCUCCAGAGCGCGAUCCGCCGCCCCCGCCGCCCCCGCCGCCCCCGCCGCCGCCGCCGCUCCUGCGACUGCCUCUGCCUCCACUCCAGCAGCGCCCGUGGCUCCGGGAGGAAACCGAGGCGGCACAGGUGCUGGCUGACAUGAGGGGGGUGGGGCUGGGCCCCGCUCUGCCCCCGCCGCCGCCCUAUGUCAUUCUCGAGGAGGGGGGGGUCCGCGCAUAUUUCACCCUGGGUGCUGGGGGUCCUGACUGGGAGCCUGCGAUCGAGUCGGGGUACGGGGAGGCGCCCCCUCCCAUGGGAAGCCUGGAAACACUGUCCCCUUCCGAGGCCUCUGGGGGAAGCUUGGAAAUUGACGUUCAGGUUGCAGAGCCCAGCAGCCUUGCUGGAGAGAAGGCCCUAGAAACCUGUAGCGCAGGGGUGUGGGGGUCCCAGAGGUUAAUCGGUCCAAAGAGGAAGGAAGAGGCUGUCAUCAUAGUGGAGGAUGAGGAUGAGGAUGAGAAGGAAAGUGGGAGGCGGCGGCGGCGGAGGCGGCGGCGGCGGAGGAAGCAGAGGAAGAUGAAGAAGGAAAGCAAAGAGAGGAAUGGCAAUGGUGAGAGGAUGGAGAGCAUCCUGCAAGCACUGGAGAGUAUUCAAAUGGACCUGGAGGCAGUGAAUAUCAAGGCAGGCAAGGCCUUCCUCCGUCUCAAGCGCAAGUUCAUCCAGAUGCGAAGACCCUUCCUGGAGCGCAGAGACCUCAUCAUCCAGCAUAUUCCAGGCUUCUGGGUCAAAGCAUUCCUCAACCACCCCAGAAUUUCAAUCUUGAUCAACCAGCGUGAUGAAGACAUUUUCCGCUACUUGACCAAUCUGCAGGUACAGGAUCUCAGACAUAUCUCCAUGGGCUACAAAAUGAAGCUGUAUUUCCAGACAAACCCCUACUUCACAAACAUGGUGAUUGUCAAGGAGUUCCAGCGCAACCGCUCGGGACGGCUAGUGUCUCAUUCCACCCCGAUCCGCUGGCACCGCGGCCAGGAACCCCAGGCCCAGAGUCGCAGGAAGCAAGAUGCCAGCCACAGCUUCUUCAGCUGGUUUUCGAGCCAUAGCCUCCCAGAGGCUGACCGGAUCGCUGAGAUCAUCAAGAAUGACCUGUGGGUUAACCCUGUCCGCUAUUACAUGAUGAGAGAAGGGGGCUACAGGGCCAACAGAAAGAAGCAAGAAGAGAAAGACAGUAAAACAAAGGACGAAUGUGAGGUGGUGAUCAUGGAAGACGGUCAUGACUACUUUGCAGUAGAAGAUAUUUUCAGCGAGAUCUCAGACAUUGAUGAGACCACUGACAACGACACCAUUCAUGACAUCAAGAUCUCCGACUUUAUGGAGACCACUGACUACUUCGAGACCACCGACAAUGAGAUAACUGACAUCAAUGAGAGUCUCUGUGACAGCGAGAGCCCUGACCACAAUGAGAACCUCAACAAUGAGACCACUGACAACAAUGAGAGCACUGAUGAAAAUGAGACCACUGACAACAAUGACAGUGCCAAUGACAAUGAAAGCCCUGAUGACAACAGUGAGAACUCGGAAGACAAGAAAGCUGAUGACAAUGAGACCCUCAGCAAGAACUUUGAUGGCAACAAGAAUGCUGGUGGUUAUAACAGCCUCAGAGGUGGCAACCAGAACAGCAUUGGCAACAACCAAGACAGCAGUGACAGUGACAAUGAAGGAGAUGAAGGCAGUGAUGAUGAAGAUAAUGAUGGCAAUGAAGGUGACAGCGAAGGCAGUGAUGAUGAUGGCAAUGAAGGUGACAAUGAAGGCAGUGAUGAUGACGAAAGAGACAUUGAGUAUUACAAGAAUAGCAUUGGAGACUUCAACAAGGAUCAAGAGGACAGCACCAACCAGGAUGACUGUGAGGACGAGGUAGAAAUCAUCUCUGAAGACUCAGUGGAGGAGGAGGUCAGUGAGGAAGGCAGCGAGCAAGGUGAAGACAGCUACGAGGAAGAAGGAAGCGAAGUCAACUCAGAAGACUCCGACAUAGAGGAGGUGCUGCAGGUCCCAAACAUUUGGGCCACUCUGGGGAAGAGGGGGAAAACUGGAUAAACAUCUCGCCUCGCCCUUGCGAGGGUCACUUCUCUCUAUCCCCCUGCCCCUACCCCAUCUGCCCUCCCCCUCAGCUAGGGCCGCGCGGCCCCACAUUGCACUUCUGGGGGGGUGACCGACUUCGUACACGGGUUUAAAGUUUAUUUUUAUGGUUUAGUAAUUGCAAAGUUCUUAUUUUGGGGGGAGGGGAAGGGGGGUUCCCCCUUUUUUUUGGCCCUCCUCCCCCGCAGGCUUCUGUGUGCUGCUAACCGUAUUUAUUGUGAUGCCUUGGUCAGGGCCCCUCCACCCCCCUUCUCCUCGUCAGUGUUGAUCCCAGCCCCUCUCUCCGUGCAGUGUGGAGUGGACACCCUGAUCCCCAAGCAGGGAGGGUCACUGUGGCCUUCUUUGCAGCCGCGCAGUGGCCUUGGAGGCACUGCUGCCAUCCUGUUCCCCCUCCCAAGUCUCUCUUAUCUCUCUCCCUCUCUCUCCCUUUCUCCCUCGCCCUCUCCCUUUCCAUUCUCCUCUCCCCCACGCCGCGCCCGCUAGCCCGCCUCGGUGUCUAUGCAAGGCCUCUUCGCCAUUGCGGUAUUCCUGCCCUCCACCCCCAGAAGCCCCGCCUCUUUCCCUGUGAUUCCCCGUAAUCCUAAUAAAAUCCUGA